AUGAAGUUACCAUAUGUGUCUGUCUUCUGCUUCUUUCUUGCCUACAUUUGUCAGAAAGAGAAGCCUAUUCCUAUUGGAACACUGAAGGAUUACUACCACUUCUAUCAUAGUAAAACAAUUAAAAGGUCAGUUCUCUCAAGUAGAGGUACCCACAGCUUCAUUUCAAUGGAACCAAAGGUGGAGUGGAUACAACAGCAGGUGGUUAAAAGCAGGAUAAAGAGGGAUUAUAAACCUGGUGGUACCCAGUCCACUUAUUUCAACGAUCCCAAGUGGCCAAGCAUGUGGUACAUGCACUGCAGUGAUAACACCCACCAUUGCCAGUCAGAUAUGAAUAUAGUAGGUGCUUGGAAGAGAGGUUACACUGGAAAGAACGUUGUGGUCACCAUCCUGGAUGACGGCAUUGAAAGAAACCAUCCAGACUUGAUGCAGAAUUAUGAUUCACAGGCCAGUUUUGAUGUCAAUGGAAAUGAUUUUGACCCUAUGCCUCGAUAUGAUGCCAGCAACGAGAACAAGCAUGGAACCCGUUGUGCUGGAGAAGUGGCCGCCACGGCAAACAACUCACACUGCACAGUAGGAAUCGCCUUUAAUGCCAAGAUUGGAGGUGUCCGCAUGCUGGACGGAGACGUGACAGACAUGGUAGAAGCAAAGUCUUUAAGCCUUAAUCCCCAGCACAUCCACAUCUACAGUGCCAGCUGGGGGCCUGAUGACGACGGUAAGACAGUGGAUGGACCUGCUUCUCUAGCACGUCAGGCCUUUGAGAACGGCAUCAGAAUGGGACGAAGAGGCUUAGGUUCAGUCUUUGUUUGGGCAUCUGGAAAUGGUGGAAGAAGUCGAGACCACUGCUCCUGUGAUGGCUACACCAAUAGCAUCUACACUAUCUCCAUAAGCAGCACAGCUGAAAGCGGGAAGAAGCCAUGGUAUCUGGAAGAAUGUGCAUCCACAUUAGCUACAACAUACAGCAGCGGGGAAUCCUAUGACAGGAAAAUAAUCACCACAGACCUGAGACAGCGUUGCACAGACAGCCAUACUGGAACCUCAGCCUCCGCACCUAUGGCUGCAGGCAUCAUUGCACUGGCACUGGAAGCAAAUCCAUUUCUGACCUGGAGAGACAUACAGCAUAUUAUUGUCAGGACUUCACGUGCAGGACAUCUGAAUGCUAACGACUGGAAAACCAAUGCGGCUGGUUAUAAGGUGAGCCACCUUUAUGGAUUUGGACUGAUGGACGCUGAAGCAAUGGUGAUAGAAGCAGAAAAAUGGACAACAGUCCCUCCACAGCACGUGUGUGUGGAGAACACGGAUCGACAAAUCAAAACAAUACGACCUGACAGCAUUGUCCGUUCAAUUUACAAAGCCACUGGCUGUUCAGAUAAUCCUAACCACCAUGUGAUCUACUUGGAGCAUGUCAUCGUACGCAUCACUAUUACUCACCCUCGACGUGGAGACUUGGCAAUUUACCUAACCUCUCCUUCUGGAACUAGGUCACAGCUCUUGGCCAACAGGCUAUUUGAUCAUUCCAUGGAAGGAUUCAAAAACUGGGAGUUUAUGACUACUCACUGCUGGAGUGAAAAAGCAGCGGGUGACUGGAUCUUGGAAAUAUGUGACACUCCAUCUCAGCUGAGAAAUUUCAAGACUCCAGGCAAAUUGAAAGAGUGGUCCUUAGUACUGUAUGGAACAUCCCUUACAGAAGAUUAUGGAACAGAUGACUAUUCAGGACCCUGCAAUGCAGAAUGCAGUAAAGUAGGGUGUGAUGGGCCAGGACCAGAUCACUGUACUGACUGUCUGCACUACUACUACAAAUCGAAGAACAACACACGGAUCUGUGUUUCGACCUGCCCACCUGGUCACUACAAUGCAGACAAGAAACGCUGUAAAAAAUGCUCACCCAAUUGUGAAACCUGUGUUGGAGGCCAUAGUGACCAGUGCAUGACCUGUAAAUCUGGCUACUACCUGAAUGAAGUAACCAAUAGCUGUAUUACCAACUGCCCUGAUGGGUUUUACCUGGAUAAGAAUAAGAUUGUUUGCCGAAAAUGUAGUGAAAACUGUAAGACAUGUGUUGAAUUCCAAAUCUGCACAGAAUGCAAACAUGGCCUAAGUUUGCAUGGCACUAAAUGUGCUAUCCGCUGUGAAGAAGGAAAAUACCAUAAUGGUAGAGAAUGUGAACCAUGUCACCGUUCCUGUGCCACAUGUGCAGGUGCUGGAGUAGAUGCCUGUAUAAACUGCACACAGGGUUAUUUUAUGGAAGAUGGAAGAUGUGUGCAGUCCUGUAGCAGUGGUUAUUACCUUGAUCACUCUACUGAAAGUGGAUACAAAAGCUGCAAAAGAUGCGAUGCCAGCUGUUUGGAUUGCAGUGGUCAAGGAGACAGAAACUGUACGAGCUGUCCAAGCGGCUAUAACCUAGACACUGGUGUCUGUGUAGUGGGAACAGUCUGCAAGGAUGGGGAAUAUCUUGAUGAUUCCCAAGAAUGUCAGUUGUGUGAAGCAUCCUGUCAGAAGUGCAUUGGCCCUGAGCCGGACAACUGCAUCAGCUGCCCACUCACAAGAGUCUUUGACGAUGGUCACUGUGUUAUUCAAUGCCCGAACGGAAAGUUUGAAUUCAAAGGACAAUGUCAUUUGUGCCAUCAUACCUGCCUGGAAUGCAAUGGAAGUGAACCUAACAAAUGCACCACUUGUGGAACAGAUAGAAGAGGGAUCGAACGUUUCCUUUAUCAUGGAGAGUGCAGAGAGAGCUGUCCUACAGGUCACUACCAUUCAGAGCAUACCUGCAUGGCUUGCUCUGGCCACUGUGAGGUGUGCCUGAACCCCAGCCACUGCAAAAGGUAUAAGGAGCAUUGCUAUAAAUACUGCCCAGAAAAUACCUUCAGAGAUGAAAGUUCUCUGCAGUGUAGGGAGUGUCCUAGCAACUGUCAUAGCUGUGACAAGGACAAGUGUGACUCGUGUAAGGAAGGCUUUUAUCUCUCAGGUAGCACAUGUGUGAGUGAGUGUGCAGAUGGCUUCUUCACUGAUGACAUCUCUAGAGAAUGCGAACCUUGCCACAGGAGCUGUACAACCUGUGCUGGGUACAGCUAUGAGAACUGUACUGGGUGCAAAAACAGUUUCCACCUAUCUCGUGGGCAGUGUCUGAAUCCAAGAAAUUCUCCACCCAAUGGGAAGUUCUGGAGUGAUGCAAAAAAAAAAUUGCAGUCCUGUAACCCUUCAUGUAGGACUUGUGAGAAAUCUGCUGAUAUGUGUACUUCGUGUCCAGAAGGUAAGAGACUUCAGCUUCUUUGGACAAAAGUUGUAGAUACGAUGCAAGAAUUACUGAACACGGAUUUAUCGAGGAAGAUUGGAUAUUUUAAUGAUUCUGAGACUUGCAAAGAAUGCAGUGGAUCCUGUAAGACAUGCGUGGGAAGUGCAACGAAAUGCCUGUCCUGUAAAAGUCCUUUGCUCCUGGAGCAGUGGAAAUGUAAACCUACCUGUUCAGAGAAGCAUUUUGCCUCUGAAGGAAUCUGCAAACACUGUCCUGAAAUGUGUCAGGAGUGCAUUCACAAUCAAACAUGCAAAGAGUGCAUGGACGAGUUCUUCCUGCAUGAAGGGCAGUGUGUGCAGGACUGCCCUUCUUACUUCUAUGCUGAAGACAAGCACUGCUUUCCCUGCCAUGCAGCCUGCAAGGAUUGUGACGGGCCGGACUUGGACGACUGCACUGCUUGCACCAUCGAAUCCUUUGUCCUCUACAGUGGCAUGUGCUUUGAAGAGUGCCCUGAAGGGACUUACUAUGAAGAAGCCACUGGAGACUGCCAAGCAUGUAACAGGACAUGCCAGACUUGUUCUUCUUCCACUGCCUGCCUUACUUGCAGAAACGGCCUGAUGCUGAACCAUGACGGGCACUGUGUGGCAUCUGGAUACUGCUCUCGCACUGAGUAUUACCUUGAGAAAACUCAAACCUGCAAACCUUGUCAUAAGAAAUGUUUCCACUGCUCAGGACCCACUGAACACCAGUGUCUUAGCUGUGCAAAGAACCGCCAUCUUCUCAAUACAACCUGUGUUGAAACAUGCCCAGAGGGGUAUUACGUGGACAGCGAUGAGGGACAAUGUUCCCCAUGCCACAGCGCCUGCUUCACUUGCACAGGAAAACACAGCUCACAGUGCCUUUCCUGCAAACCGGGCUGGUACAGACAAGGAAAAGGAUGCGUAAACCAAUGUCCAGCAGGUUAUUUUGCACAAAACUCCACUGGAUCAUGUCAGAGAUGCCACAAGGGCUGUAAGGAGUGUAUGGGGCCUCAGCCCAUGGACUGCCUCUUCUGUGAUACAUAUUUCUAUCUAUUGCGCUCCACGAACGAAUGUGUUAGCUCUUGUCCUGAGUAUUACUAUGAAAGCAAGGACAACAACGUCUGUGAAAGAUGCCACCCUUCCUGUCGAACUUGUGAAGGGAAGGGAACAUUCAGCUGCACAUCUUGUGUAUGGAGCUACAGUUUAUUGGGUGGAAUGUGCAACUCAGACUGUUUUGUAGGCGAAUACAAAGUCCAGGAGACAGAAGGACAAGAGUGUGAGAGAUGUGACAGCUCGUGCACUGAGUGCAAGGGACCUGGGCCUCUCAACUGCACAGUCUGCCCGGCUGGCAUGCAGCUCUACCUGGAGGAAAGCCGCUGCCUGCCCUGCUGCAGUGACUCUGACCUGGCAGGCACGCCAGAGUGCUGCGACUGCAGUGAAACACAAGAUGACUGUGUAUUACGGACCACUCUACCACCCGAGAGCAAAAGCAAAACUACUUUCUUUGUUAUUACCUGCAUUUUGCUUCUCUUUGUCAUUGGAGCCAUUGUAUUCAUCUGGAGAAAAUCACGAGCCAAAACCCAGGCUGUGAAUAAACAUCGGUAUGAGAAGCUGACAAAUCACUCCAAAACCUUUCCUUCCUACGUGAGCAACUACCACGAGACUCCUAGUUACCAGCAAGAUCAAGUGAUUGAGUAUAGAGAUCGAGAUAAUGAAGAUGAUGAUGAAGAAGAUGACAUUGUGUAUAUGGGCCAAGAUGGCACAGUCUAUCACAAAUUUAAAUACAGACUUCUGGAGGAUGACGAGGAAGAUGAGCUGGAAUACGAUGAUGAAAGUUACUCAUUUAGAUAA